AUGGCUGCAGAGAACUCCUCCUCGGUGACAGAGUUUAUCCUCACAGGCUUGACCGACCAGCCGGGACUCCAGGUGCCCCUCUUCUUCCUGUUUCUAGGUUUCUACACGGUCACCGUGGUGGGGAACCUGGGCUUGAUAACCCUGAUCGGGCUCAACUCUCACCUGCACGUUCCCAUGUACUUUUUCCUCUUCAACUUGUCCUUCGUAGAUUUCUGCUAUUCCACCGUUAUCACCCCCAAGAUGCUGAUGAGUUUCGUUUCAGAGAAGAACAUCGUCUCCUAUGCCGGGUGUAUGACUCAGCUCUUCUUCUUUCUUUUCUUUGUGGUCUCUGAGUCCUUCAUCCUGUCAGCCAUGGCAUAUGACCGCUAUGUCGCCAUCUGUAACCCACUGGUGUACACGGUCACCAUGUCUCCCCAGGUGUGUUUGCUCCUUUUGUUGGGUGUCUAUGGGAUGGGGUUUGCUGGGGCCAUGGCCCACACAGCAUGCAUGGUGAGACUGACCUUCUGUGCCGAUAACCUUGUCAACCACUACAUGUGUGACAUCCUUCCCCUUCUGGAGCGCUCUUGCACGAGCACCUAUGUGAACGAGCUGGUCGUUUUUGUUGUGGUGGGCAUUGACAUUGGUGUGCCCACAGUCACCAUCUUCAUUUCUUACGCCCUCAUCCUCUCCAGCGUCCUCCGCAUUCGUUCCACCGAGGGCAGGUCCAAAGCUUUCAGCACCUGCAGCUCCCACAUCAUCGCGGUUUCUCUUUUCUUUGGGUCAGGGGCAUUCGUGUAUCUCAAACCAUCUUCCUUUGCCAAUAAACCAGGGGAAGUGUCCUCCUUGUUUUAUACCAUUGUGGUGCCCAUGCUCAACCCAUUGAUCUACAGCCUGAGGAACAAGGAUGUCAAAGUUGCUCUGAGGAAAACCUUGAGCAGACGUUUGUUCUCCUGA